AAACUUAUUAAAUAGGUUAUGGAUUUCUCACUAAUGCUGGAUUCUUCUUUGGAUCCAUCAGUUUUUGAUGAUAUUCUCAACCAUAUUUACAGCGCUAUCGAGACAAACCAAACAAAUAUUUGCACGACUCUAAUGCGAGAGUAUAUCAAAAAGUGGCCAAACUGGGAAUUCAAAGAUUUUAAAAAAUCUGGCAGCACUCCUCUAAUUUGUGCUUGUCAAAACGGAAGCUUGAGUGUUGCGGAGUUCCUUGUGAUCAAUUUGGGAUUCCCUGUGAGCGACUGCGGGACCGUUAGGUUUGAGCACGAAGUCAUCGAAGAUGCUCCGCCAAUCUGGGUUGCCAGUGCCGCUGGACACAUUGCAGUGGUAAAGUUCUUGUUACAAAGUGGCGCAGAUGUCAAUGCUGUCACAUCUACCAAUUCUACUUCUCUCAGAGCUGCCUGUUUUGACGGGCACCUGGACAUUGUGGAGUAUUUGAUUGAAAAUGGAGCAGAUCUCGAGAUUGCAAACCAACACAAUCAUACUUGUCUCAUGAUUGCCUGCUACAAGAAGCAUUUUGAAAUCGUAAAAGUAUUGGUGAAAAAUGGAGCUCAAGUGAACCGAAGAAGUCGUAAAGGGAACACGGCUUUACACGAUUGCGCGGAAGGUGGAUGUGUUGAAAUAAUGAAAUUUUUAUUGGAUAACGGGGCUACGUUCCAAAGAGACGAAUAUAAUGUUUCACCUUUGAUGGCAGCUGCUAUCUCGGCUCAUACAUCUGUUGUUAGAUUUAUAAUGGACACCUAUAUUACGCCAAUUACUGACGAGACCGUCAUAGCCGAAGAGGUCGAUAGGGGAAGUCGGAUCUCACCACGAGAGCAAAUUGAUGUUUUGGAAAUGCUUGGAUGUUCCAUGAUCGACAAGAAGCAAGACUUGUUGGAAGGUUUAAAAUGGUGGAGACGUGCUAGUGAAAUGCGUACCUUAUACCACUCUGUGGGUCUCGUUGAGCUUCUGAAAGAUAUUGCCCAGCCAGUUGAAGAAAUGGAAAAUAUUGUCGAGUAUCAAAGUGUGGAAGAUGUCGAGGAAAUGAUGCAAGAGUACAACCCUGACCACAUCCGAAUGCAAAGUCUUCUCGUGCGACAGCGACUCCUUGGUUUCAAGCAUCCCGACACGACUUACUACAUCCGUUAUCGAGGGGCAGUUCUCGCAGACUCAGGAGACUACGAACGCUGUUUGGAGCUGUGGAGAUAUGUUCUGCGUAAUCUAGUAAACAACCUGGACCCUCUUUGCUGUAAUAUUCUACUGUGCGCUAUCCAGUCAUACGUAGAACUAUUCGGGUUUCUGUUUUACACACAGAAGCACGAUAGAUUCAGGCAAGUUUACCCAACGCCGAGUCCUAACUUGGUCAAACUUGAAGAUGUCUUGUCAGUCUUGCAAGCUUGUAUCGUGUUAUACAAGUUUCACAAGAAGACAUCGUCAAAGAAUCCAGUUGAGCAAUCUAUAGCAUACCAGAAUAAGACGGACCAUACUUGCAUGAAGUUAAUGUGUAAACUGGUUGUAUACUUCUCACUUGUUAAAGAGGACGACUUAAAACAAAUUGAACUCAAAUCUGACUCUAAAAAGGCACUAGAUCGAGUGGAGUUGUUCACUGAACAGAUGGAGUCGCUCUUAAGUGACAUAAUAUCAUACGAUAUUCGCGAUGGGGAUGGCAACACGCUUCUUCAUGUGAUAAUGAGCUCGGAUUGUUGCGGCGCCGAACGUCAUCGCAUCACUGAGUACCCGCAUCUACCGGCAAUUGAGAUUAUGCUGAAACUCUAUCGAUCGGUAAUCUAUGAUUUAGACCUGGGAAAUAAAGAACAUUUUUCGGCAUUAGAAUUGUUUUUCAAACAGAGCGGCGAUAGCAGCGAAUGCAAACAGCUACAGCAAGUAUUAGAUCUAUUCGAAAAUUACGGAAGUCAUAUCGAUUACGACGCAGAAACACGAACAGAUUUUUGCCCCCUUUUGAAAUACAACGACCGAGCAUUGAAAUACAACGAAAGUCAGGAGUAUGAAAAAUUUCUGGCUAUUGCAGAUGACCAGGAAGUGAAUGAAGAAGACUUUGAAAAGCUACCUCUCAAGAUUCGAUCUCUCAAAUGUCUCUCGGCAAAAGCGGUGCUCGAAAACGACUGCGACUUCUCACAGAUGUGCGAGCAUCUGCGAAGCUAUGUAUUGAAACACUAAUCACAAAACAGAAUAGGUUAGGAAACAUAUAAUUUAGGGGUAUAAACUAUUUAAAUAAAAAGAUCAAUCAAUAUAUGCAACAGAGGCGCUGUUUUAGAUUCUAUAGAUUCAAUUUGAAUUUUAAUUGUCUC